AUGACGAUUGCAGCAGCCGUCACAUCAUCAACUCAAAGAGUCUCAGUCUUCUCUUUUAUACACGGUACAGCUUUGGUAGUGGCAAUCCUGGGCUUUGAACUAAGUUCGGCAACGAUGAAAUCUUUGGGGAACUAUGUCACACAAUUGGUUGGUCUCGCAUUGAUGUCCUUGGCUUUAAGCUUAAGCCUCCUCCUUCCAACGGGGGAAGUAGCAACGCAGCCCAAUAGCAGCAGGCACGUGGUUAAUAGAUCAUUUCAUGAUCUCUUACAGAUUAGAUGUGCCACCCCGUUGUUAAUUGCUGGGCUCUUCGCUACACUCGGUCAGAAGGUUCAGAUUUUAAUCCUCCAAUAUAUGCCAGAGCAGUUUGACAUCAGUUUCUCGGAAAUUUUCAAGUAUUCGAGUUUUAGAGUAUUAUCAAACUAUGCAAAUCCAUUAAUUUUCAACAAUAUUCUAAGUUUCAACAAUAUUCUAAGUUUCAACAAAACUCUCAGUUUUCUUUUCCAAUACUGGAUGCAACUAGAAGUCUCCCCCGGAGCUAUGUCACGUACUCGAGAAUUCGCACAUCACACCCCCUCAGAGCCCAAACCCCUCUCUCCUAUUACCCUCUCUCCCACCUAG